ACAUUGAAUUGGGUCACAAUGCCAUGUUAAGACGAGCUCACUUUCGCUUUUUAAUGAGUGCUCCAUCGCGUUCCACCUCACAGCGCAUGACUGAGAGACAGCGCGAGUUGUAUGACAGAGUCACGAAUGCUAGCGGAGUGCUUAUGCUCCACGAGAUUGACGAUUUUGCAGCCCGCGCGAUAGCUGAAGCUCUAAAGUUAAACACGACGCUGACUACGCUCGUGCUGAGCGAGAAUCAGAUUGGCGAUGCUGGCGCUCAAAGCAUUGCUGAAGCGCUCAAAGUGAACACGACGUUGACUGAGCUUAGACUGGAGUUCAAUCAGAUUGGUGAUGCUGGAGCGCAGGCGAUCGCCGAGGCACUCAAAGUGAACACAAAGCUUGGCACGCUCUAUCUGCGACAGAAUCAGAUUGGCGAGGUCGGAGCUCUUGCGAUUGCUGAGGCACUCCGUGUGAACAAGACGCUGGCUUUGCUUUAUUUAGAGAGUAACUUCCUGACCAAAGCUGAGAUCAUUGCGCUUCGACAAACCGGCAACACCUGUCACUUGAAAGCUCUUGACAACCAGCGUACUCGGUCACCAGCCGAACAGGCCGCAGUAGCUAAGAAUCAGCAAUUGCGCACCGAGCUUGCUGCCAAAGAACAGGAGCUGCAACAACUUCGCUCCGAUCUGAAAUCAGCUCUUGAUCGGAUCGACGCUCUUGAGCGCCACCAACCCGCUGAUGGAUUCGCAUCGAACGUUGAUCAACCCAUCCCCGAAGUGCCUCUCGCCACUCUCGUCUCCGCCACGAAAAAUUUCGCUGAUGAUUCUCUGCUCGGCGAAGGAGCAUUUGGUCGCGUGUACCGCGCCAGUCUGCCUGGGCCUCCUGUCGCGAUCAAGAAACUGUCCGCCGAAUCGAUCAAAGGCUAUGCCUCAUUUCAAUCAGAAUUGGACUCCUUGUCGAAGUUCCGUCACCGAAACAUCAUUACCAUUCUGUCCUAUGCCAAAAGUCACGAUGCCUACUGCUUGGUGUAUGAGUUCAUGCCAAACGGUUCUGUUCGCGACCGUCUCAGCCGCAAAAACAACACGCCUCCGCUGACUUGGUCCCAGCGCCAUCAGAUUGCGGCUGAUGUUGACCGUGGCAUGCAUUACGUCCAGACAGCCCUCCCUGAUCAAGUUCUGUUCCACCUCGACCUCAAGACGGACAACGUUCUGUUGGACGCACACUUUAAUGCAAAAGUGUCUGAUUUUGGUCUCGUCCGUGCUGCCGAGCAUCUUGAUGACAAGAGCUACCUUCGCACAAAGGUUCCUCAAGGCACAGCUCCUUACAUGUGUCCCGAGUUCUUUGAGGAAGGUCGCAUGACAGUCAAGACCGACGUCUACGCGUUUGGCAUGAUUUUGCUCGAGCUUGCAACCGCCGCGAAGCCUGGGACUCGACUGAAGGCCGAAACGCGGAAAGCUGUGUCCAACCAGAAAUUCAUUGAGAUGUUGGACUCGGCACUCAAACCAAGUGACGCAGAGCACCAGAGCAUCACCGGUAUUGUCACUCUCGCCCUCAAGUGUCUUGACGAUAUUGCCGACGAACGUCCCUCCUUUGGUCGCCUCAUUGCUACCUUGGAUGCCUGAUUUCCCACGUGAAGAUUGGUGCCAAAGCAUCCUGAACUGUGCAGUCUGUCGUUUGUCAUUGGUUCAGAAUUAAGCUUGUCAACACAUGUCAUACUGUAAGAGCAAUAGGGAACAUUGUUCAACACGA